GAGGGUACCGGUCCCGGCGGCGUUCACGACGGCGCUCCCGGUCGGUACCAGAUGCCUCGAGGAUCCGCGUCCGCGAUGAACGAGACGAAAGCUAUCGCCGGGCUGCGGAGAGGAUUGAGCCGGAUCGUCGAUCUUAUCCAUACGGUCGAAUUGCGCCUAUGGAGGAAGAUCGAGAGCCGUACUAUUACGAGCGACGGUGGAUCACACGAGACUAUCCGUAUUCUCCUGAUGAAGAAGAACGACGACGAAGCACACGAGACUAUCCGUAUUCCCCUGAUAUCGAAGAAGAGCGACGAGGGCGUGGAUAUCGCCGAGACGGGACGCCUGCGCACGCUCGAGUCAUCCCUCAUCGGAGGAUUCCAGGCUACUACAACGACAUACGAGGCGGAGCCAAUGACCGUCCAUCAACCUCGAGAGACGAGUCAAGAGAAGAACGCUCGGUUAGCGUCCGUCGACGCACCAUUGUUGAGACAGAUGACGACCGUCGUGACUAUCGACGACCCAGCCGGCGGUAUGAUAACCGGUACUCGUCCGGAUCGGAAGUAACCGUAAGACGGCCGGAUUACAGACCUCGCAGUCGACUGCGCCAACGCAGCGGCAGUGACAGUCGAGUGCGCGUUCACUUCACUCCCCCUCAGAAACCCAGCGGGCCAGCCACCCCUGAUUGGAAUUGGACUCCACAGGACUACGGCAGCCGUUCCACAUUGUCCAGGUCUUAUCGCCGGGGUGGAUAUGAUGGACACCGCAGCAGCGAUCCAAAUGCCGAGGAACAAGAAGGUACUCUCACUCCUUUCUCUCCAACCUAUUAUAUCAGUACCAUAUGCUAACCC